AUGAGCAGCUCCGAACAAUCAGAUUCUGAUCUUCAGCUUGCGUCUACCCCAUCCGACGACCCUCAGGUCUACGGGAGAAGACGCAGUAUUCCAGUGAAACUCCAAGAAACCGGCCAAACUGGUCAGUAUCUGUUGACCGCUGAGGAUGCCGAGGUGCUCCAGGAAAUCCUGCGACAUAAUCUGCACCUGGAAAGAUCCGGUUUGCCGGAGAAGCGUCGCUUUCGAUUUCGAGAUCUGGAGUUUACGCGGCAGCUGAGUACCUUUGAUCGCCAGAACCCGACGUUCAGCUCUUCGGAAUUCCACGGCUUCUUCACUCUUUUCUGGCUGGGCGUCGCCCUGCUGCUGGUCAAGUUUGCUGCUAAUAACUGGAGGUCCUAUGGCACGAUCUGGGGCAAAAAUGAGAUUCUCCGCCUCAUGUUCCGGAAGGAUGUCCUCGUUCUCGGGCUAACAGACCUCGUCCUGUGUUGGUCUACGGCAUUCUGUCUCGCUUUGCAGCGAGUGGUGUUCCGAGGCUAUCUAAACUGGAAUGGCCUUGGCUGGACUAGACUCCACCAGUUGAAGAAUCAGAACGAAGAGGAUCUUGCAUUCAAGGGAAAGGCGUCCGCUGUAUCCCCACCAGGCACACAGGGAAUCACCGAUCUGAGAUUUAAGAACCGCCGUGAUUCCGAGACCAAAGGUUUCCGGGGAUCUCGAGACACAGACUACCUUCUUUGCCUCGUCAAAAAGGUCGAGGAUGGUGCACCUCUGGAGGCAAGCCAAGUCAACUCUCUCCAAGGGCUGCUGGAGCGGGAAAGUGAUCUCCUCUCCGAGGGGCUCAAAGGUCGAUGUUCAUCAACCGCCAAUUUUUACCCCCACAACCUGACGUUGAGGAAUUUCUGCGACUUUGUCACCCUUCCCACACUGGUUUAUGAGCUUGAAUACCCACGGACAGAGACGGUGGAUUGGGUUUAUGUUGCAGAGAAGACAGCGGCCACGUUUGGCAUCAUCGUGGUGAUGAUUGCCGUCUCUCAAUCGUGGAUCUACCCGGUGGUGAUGUCGACGGUGCGUAUGAAAGAGGAAGGCUUGACUGCACAGCAAAGACUACAGGAGUUUCCUUGGGUCCUCAGUGACUUGCUUUUCCCAUUUAUGAUGGAGUACCUGUUGGCAUUCUAUGUGAUCUGGGAAUGUGUACUUAAUGCCCUCGCCGAGAUCACCAGGUUUGCAGACCGUGGCUUCUAUGCCGACUGGUGGAAUUCGGUCUCGUGGGACCAGUUUGCGCGCGACUGGAACCGUCCGGUACACAACUUCCUGCUGCGACACGUCUACCACAGCUCCAUCAGCACAUUUCAUCUCUCGCGGCUGUCGGCCAACCUGGCCACCUUCUUCCUAUCUGCGUGUGUGCAUGAGCUGAUCAUGCUGUGUAUCUUCCGGCGGCUGCGGGGCUAUUUGUUGGUUCUCCAAAUGUCCCAACUGCCGCUGGUGGCUCUGAGCCGGACCCGUCUGAUGCGCGGGCGGCGACUAGUGGGCAAUGUGGUUUUCUGGCUAGGAAUAUUCACUGGACCGAGCCUGCUGUGCAGUCUGUACCUGAUCAUUUGA